AUGCCUGACAGGGCUGGCAUCAUUUACGGCGAGGCACAGGUCGUCGUCGGAAUCAUCAUUAUCCUCCUCGUCGUCAUCGCCGUCUGUCUCCUGCUCAUGUCUGCCAGUCUUUCAGCGGAAACAACGACAGAGGAUUUCCCACCACCGUGGGUUGAGCGUGACUACACCAAGGACCACUGUGAGGACUGCUUCGUCCAUGUCAUCACCCAAACCUACCCCCGAGCCAAUGACAUCCAGCAAACUAAUCUUGCCAACCACGGAGAAGCGGGUCACGACGCAUUCGACGACUGCCACGACACCUUCGACGCGAGCCACAACAAAAACUUGUUCCUCCGGCCUGAGCAUGCUCCACCGCCUCGCCGUCGCAGGCUUCUCGCCGUUCUCUACAUCAUACUGCAGCAGCGCCACAUGAUCCAAGAGUCGUUCGACUCUCCAGGAUACGAGUUCGCGACUGCGCCGUUGGUGUGCGUGUACGGCAGCGGCUUCAACGAGAGCCUCGAAUUUCCCGAGGAAGGCUUGUGCGACCUGACCGUGUUCGACUCGCUCUACAAGGACGACCGCAACCCGUGGCCGGAACCCGACAAGGACCUCCGACACUUCCUCAGUGCGGCGAGGCGACAGCGGAAGUCACAGUUUGGCCUGUCGUUUGAUUACACAAACUGGCGAAAGUUAUCCGGCGAGCUGACUGACGGCGAUCCCACCAGGAACAUUGACGACUACUGGUUCGAUCGUAUCUACCACUACGGAAUGGUUGACAUUUCUCCCUACACCGAAAACGAGUUCGAGGUAGCAAGGACUGUCGCAUUGUUCGAGAAAUUGUACGAGUUGCUGGCUGAGAAGUCAUACCACAGUGGAUUUGGCCAGCACACGAUCAUUUUCUUCGGGUUCUCUCCUCUGAACCAUAGAUGGGUUUCCUUCGUGCCCUCACUGUUCACAACCUUCAGACCUCACCUGUUCGUGAUUCGAGGACAUUACUCGCUCAUCAAUAAUAAUGAGUCAAUCUGCAGGAUAGUGGCGCCCACGUUUCAGAGUCGUGCGCCAGGAACGUACUUCACAUUGUUCAAUGCUCACGCCGCACUCAAGUACGUGGCGGACAGAGUUCAAGAAGGCGCAACGAUGCUUGCGGUGUCGGCGAGCAUGGCGGGACGUUGGAACAGGCCCCAACAGUACCUGAGGCACGUAGCCAGCAACUACAGAUUCCUCGAGAAAUGUAUCAAGCUUCCUCGGCAUGUGCAGCAGUUUGGAAACCUGUACGAGGUGUGCAGCAAACCCACCUACCUCACAGUAUAUGACAGGGCGUACAAGGCCGAGUACCGAUACAACUUCGAUGACGGCCUUUUGCUCAGCUACGACACUUCGGUGUCACUGAAAGAAAAGCUGUGCUACUACAAGACAAACCUCACCAGCGUCCCCCCUUAUGGACUGGCCCUGUUCGAUAUGCAGUACGAAGACUGGAGUGGCGUGUGCUUCGCGGAGAAAUUCGCCCGCCUGCGCGCCCUCCGCAGAUUACUGGACUUCCUCGCCGAGCGCUUCCGUUUCGCCUCCGACUUGACGGGAUGCUUGUUCAGCACGCGCGCAACUUGAAAAGCGCUGCGAGAUGGGUUUGAUUCGCGAACCUGUUGACACUCGCGUCUCGAUGUAUGCGUAGCACGGGCUACUAACGAAAGUAUGAAAAUUAC